AUGAAGAUUAGCUCCAAGAAAAUUCCUCAUCAAUGACAGCCAAGAUGGAGACUCCUUUCUACCAUGACGACUCCCCCGCCAUCCACAGCUUCGGACAGUUUCCGGAAUACGAGCGCUACGCCGGGAACAAGAUGCUGAUGUGUAAGAAGGCCGUGUCGGUGGCGGUGGCGAGCCAUCAUUUCGGCGGCGGCGGCGGAGGCGUGGCGGGAGCCAGAGGCACGAACCCCAACAACCUCGGACUGGGUCACGGCGGCUCCCUGGCGACGCCGUCGGCAUCCUCGGCUGACAUGAACAUGCUGAAGCUGGCCUCCCCCGACCUGGAGCAUCUGAUCAUCCAGUCCAACCAGGGAUUGGUCGCCGGCGGCCCCCCGUCCAACCCGUUCAUCUAUCGCAACCAGGCCACCAACGAGCAAGAGGGCUUCGCCGACGGCUUCGUCAAAGCGCUCGCCGACCUUCACAAGCAGAACCAGCUGGUGGGAGGCCACCUGUCGCCGUCGUCCUCCUCCAACGUCUCCCUCCAAGCGUCCUACCAGAGGAACUUGAUGUCCGCCGGCGAGGCGCCCAUCUACACCAACCUCGGCAGCUACAACCAGGGACAGCCGGCGUAUUCCGCGGCGCCCAUGACCUACGGCGGCGCCGCCGGUCACAACGCCGUGGGCGGAGCCCCUCAGCCGCACGCCAGAAGUCUGGAUGCCCCUCAGACUGUUCCCGAAGUCCCCCACCUCGCCGGAGACCCGACGUCGCCUCCUUCCCUCUCCCCCAUCGACCUGGAGACGCAAGAGAGGAUCAAAGCCGAGCGCAAGAAGCUGCGCAACCGCAUCGCCGCCUCCAAAUGCCGCAAGCGCAAACUGGAGCGAAUCUCCCGACUGGAGGAGAAGGUGAAGAUCCUGAAGAGUCAGAACUCGGACCUGGCCUCCACCGCUUCCAUGCUGCGCGAGCAGGUCUCUCAGCUCAAACAGAAGGUCAUGAGUCACGUCACCAACGGCUGCCAGAUCGCCGUCGGCUCUCCCGGAAAAUCGGGAGCGAGGGCCUGCGGCGGCGGCGGCGGCGGCGAGGACUCCGGCUGCUGAGGGACGCAGAUAAAACAAACGCUUUGGAACAUUUCAUCGGCGAAAAUGGGAGGGGUGGGGGUGGGUGGGGGGUCAGUUAAGGCCCGGUGUCAACAAAGAGGUGGUCCGAUGACAUCGGGCCUGAGAUGCUCAUCAAACGCCGCCGAACGCAAAAAGGGCUUCUUCUCUUCGGAGCGCACGUCGUGAAGAACGCUCAAUGGGACGCUUCUCUGCCAUUUGACGGGAUUUCAAGAGACUCUUCUGCAGGAUUUGGCACGACUCUGAAACACUUUACACAGCCCAACUCUUAUUUAUUUAUUAUUAUUAUUAUUAUUAUGACUAUUUUGUAAUUAUGAUCUUGUCACGCUUUAAGUGUAACGUCUUUCUCCCGAAAAAAAAAAAAUCUUUGAAACCGUUUUGCAAUAAUUCAAUCGAGCGGCGUGAGGUCGCACGUGUCAGUAUGAAGACUUGAUUCCUGAAUUCCGGAGCGAUUCGCUUCAUUCCUGAAUUCCGGAGCGACUCGCUCAAACGCUUUUUGGACGACACAGUUGCCGUACUUGGGAAUUUAUCGCUUGAAAACGUGGAUUGAAAAAAGACGUUGACGGGAUUGGCUAGUCUGUUUCGUUACCGUGUUUGCUUUGUGUGUGCGUGUUUUAUAUCUUUGUUUUAUUUUUAUUUUUCACAUUACGUGUAUACGAAAGCGACUCCGCUUCAAAGUCCAAUUUUCAAAUGUACAUUUUGGGAUCAUUUACGUGUUUUGCUGCUCAAAGUUGAAAACGUUUCUUGCCACUCCGUGUCAAAAAAUAAAGUCUGACGAUCCGUCGCCA